AUGAAACAAUUGAAUGCUAGAGGAUUAUUUGAAAAUUCUAAAGUGUCGGAAAGUAAUCAUCAGUGUGUUUUAGAUUUAUCCCUCUCUUCAAAAUUACUUUCCACUAAAAUUCAAGACAUUCCACAGAAAGAUAAAUAUGAAAUAAUUAUAAAACCACUAUUCGAAUAUUGUUUCGGAACGAGUGAUGAUUCUGUUUGGGAGAAACUAAAUGAUGAUGAAGAGGAAUACGAAAGUGAUGAUAAUGACCACGAUGAAGAGGAAGAUGAAAGAAUUGAUGAAAAUAAUGACCAAAAUGACACUAGUCAAAUAAUAUAUUUAAAGAUUGAUUGGAACAGAGAUCGAACUUUUAUUCAUGGGCAAAUAUUCAAUUUGGUUGUUGGUAAAUUUCUCAUUUUGGCCAAUAAGCUUGGAUUGUGGAAGAAUAGAUCAUUUGUUUUGACUACGACCGAAUAUAGAGAUAUUAAAACACUCAAGUAUGUGGACGAUAAUUUCAGGAAUGAUAGGGAAAUUGUAAUGGCAGCUGUCAACGAAAAUGGACGUACCCUUAAAUAUGCAUCGAGUGAAUUGAGAAAUGAUUUUGAAAUUGUAAAAACAGCCGCUCGGAAUAAUCGUCGAGCACUGUGGUAUGCAUCGAAACAAUUGAGUAGUAAUAAGGAAAUUGUAAUGACAGCUGUUAAAAGUAAUGGACUAUCUCUUGAAUAUAUGCCUACACAAAUUAGAAAUGACAGAAAAAUUGUUAAAAUUGCUAUACAAGAGAAUGGUAAUGCACUUGGAUAUGCUUCAAAAGAAUUGAAGAGUGAUAAGGAAAUUGCCCUACUUGCUAUAGAAUCAAGCCCAAAAGCAUAUGAAUGUGCAUCUAAUCAAUUGACGAAUGACCAAGAUCUAAUUCUUAAAGUGUUGUCCAAAUCGUGCGACUAUAUUUUCGGUAUUGACCAAUCAAUUAAGCUAUUUAAAAACGAUAGAAAAUUUAUACUUGCUAUUGCAAAGUUGGAUGGCCUUAAAGCCCUUCGUAAUGCUUCACUGGAAUUGAGAGAUAAUAGAGAGAUAGUAAUUGAAGCAGUUCAACAAAAUCCAAAUGCUUUGGUCUAUGCAUCUAGUGAAUUGAGGAAUGACAAGGAGAUUGUGAAAAUGGCAGUAAUGGAAAAUGGAAGCUGUUUGACUUUUGCAUCAAAUGAAUUGAAAGAUGAUAAGGAAAUUGCGGAAUUGGCAUUCAAAUCUUCUGAAAUUGCUGUUCGAUAUUUUUCUGAAAGAUUGAGAAAUGAUAUUGAAUUCCUGAGCGGAUUUGGAAAGAGAGGUUAUUUAUUAAAGAUUUUACCAGAUCAUUUCAUGAAUGACAGAGAAAUAGUAUUGGAAGCAAUCAAACUGGACCCACAAAUUAUUUUGACUCUUCCCAAUGAAUUGAAAAGAGACAGAGAAUUUAUAUUGCAAGCUGUAACAAGAUGUGGUAUGGCACUUCGUGGAGUGAGUUCAGAAUUUCAAAAAGAUAGAGAAUUAGUUUUGGCUGCAGUAACACAAAAUGGAAAUUCAAUCAAUUUUGCCUCACAAGAAGUUUGGAAUGAUAAGGAAAUUGUUCUGAAAGCUGCCGAAACAUGCAAUCAAGAACUAUUACUUAAAUUACCAAGUUUCGACAAACAAAUUUACCUGCAACUCAUCAAAAAACGUGGAGGUGAAUGCCUGAAAUAUUUUCCAAGAAAAUUUCAAAUAGAUAGAGAAAUUCUAAUGGAAGCCUUAAAAACCCAUCCUAAAACUGCAUUCCUCAAUGCUUCUGGCACGUUAAAGGUAAUGGAUCGAGUAUUUGCUAUGCGAGUUGUGAAAAGAGAUGGCAUGCUUUUAGGUGAAAUGUGUUCAAAACACAAAAGUGAUAGAGAAAUAAUUUCCUGUGCAGUCAAACAAAAUAUCAAAGCACUGAAAUAUGCAUCCAUUGAUUGA